CCCGUGGAGUACUAAACGGCCUUAUAAACCAAAUCUUGGACGCAGACGAAGCAGCAUCGGUGGUUGGUUCCCGCCGAAUUGUACUCCGACUCUUGAUUUUGAUUGUUGAUGCAAUAUCGUUUGAAGAAUAGAUUCAGUUCCCAAUGAUUUCGAGCGUAUCUGUAGUAUAUAACCAGUUCGUGUUCCCAGGCCAGCCGGCGCAUCUAAAGUUCCCGGUAAUUCAACUGAAACCAUCGGCGUUGCAGUGCGAACUUGACAGAAAACGCCAUUCCUCUAUCAUAACUGCAGCAUCCUCUUCAUUCGUUGGCUCCGGCGCUGAAUAUUCUGAGCCAUUUCCAACAACACAGAAGAAGAAAGCAAGGAGAAUAGUUGGCAUAGACCAGGAUGAAUUAGUGGAUCCCAAACUUUUGGCUGAUUCAGACAGUUGUUUUUGCGAGUUUGAAGGAUUACAACUACACCAUAAGAUAUGUGAUCCAGAAUCCGAAUCACAAGACUCAGUACAUGAUGAUGCCACUUCUGAUUCAUCUCUCCAUAAGGAAAAACUUAAGUUCCCAUUGAUAUUAUUACAUGGAUUUGGAGCCUCUUUGUUCUCUUGGAAGACAGUUAUGAAACGUUUGGCAAAGGUUUCUGGUUCAAAAGUUUUAUCAUUUGAUAGACCUGCAUUUGGGUUGACAUCAAGAGUAGAUAAUCCUUCAAAUCGUACACCUUCUAGCAAAGAUGCAAAGCCACUUAAUCCAUAUUCCAUGGCAUUCUCUAUACUUGCAACUUUGUACUUCAUUGAUUUCUUGACUUCUGAGAAAGCAAUUCUUGUCGGGCAUUCUGCUGGUUGCCUUGUUGCAGCUGAAACAUAUUUUAAAGCACCUGAACGUGUUGCUGCAAUGAUUCUUGUUGCCCCUGCAAUCAUAGCUCCAUUGACUUCCUCCAAGAAAGUCAAAGCAAAUAACCAACAAGAAAGUUCAAAUUCAGAUAAUCCCAAAACUCCAUUUUUUAAUCUGUUAAAAAUUAUCUCAGACUUCUCCAGAUUCAUACUGAGUCUGUUCAAAGGAAUGGUCAAUAUGGUCAACUCCCUGUACAAGAAAGCUUUAUCUGCUUUCCUUCGAUCCCAUAUUGCAGUAAUGUUGGUAAGGAUGGUUAUUGAUAAAUUUGGGAUAUCUGCCAUUAAAAAUGCUUGGUAUGAUGCAAGCAAAGUUACUGACAGUGUUCUUGAGGCUUAUACUAGACCAUUGAGAACAAAAGGUUGGGAUAGGGCGCUUGUGGAAUUCACUGCAGAGAUGCUUACUACUUCAGUGUCUGAAUCAAAUCCACCAUUAACAGAAAGAUUGAAUGAAAUAUCAUGUCCAGUUUUGAUCAUAACGGGUGAUAGCGACCGUCUAGUACCUUCUUGGAACGCGGUGAGGCUUUCACAAGCGAUUCCCGGAUCUCGUCUUGAAGUAAUAAAGAAUUGUGGGCAUUUGCCUCAUGAGGAAAAGCCACAUGAGUUUUUGACAAUUGUUGAUGACUUCUUGACAAGUGCUUUUCGUAGAAUAGAAUCACAACCAUUGCAACAAGCAAUAUAAAGUUACUUAUAAAAUGUAUAUGCUAG